AUGUGGAUGAUAGAGACAGUAGGUGUUGCAGAAGCUCAUGAGAGGAGAGACUCCUCCAGUAGGGGAGCUGGAGUGAUCAAGGUCAACUACAUGAAUGGGGUGAGACAUGAAUUAGCCACUAGAGUAUGGCUAGCAUUUGAUGAACAGAGAUCAAGAGACAGCCUCUACUCCAGGGAGAGUCUCCCCCGCCGGCGCACCCGCGAUGUGACCGACCGCCUGGGAGCGGGCUGGCGGUUCUGCGGGCGACAGCGCCUCGGCUCUUCCCUUGCCGCGUUCCUUGUUGAGUCGCCAUUCCCUUGGAGCCGGCGACACGCACCAGGGGCUCGGAGCGCCGCACUUCGGGGUCGGUGGCAUCUGCAGCUCUCGGGUCCGCGCGGCCGGGUGCAUCCUCGGUCGCCGUUGCCGCCGCCGCCGGACGGUGCGCCCUGGCGAGUGCCCGACCCCGGGCACGGCGGAGCUAGGCGGCUGGUGCAGAGCGACAGCGCCUAUCUUUGCACCCGCCGCUGUCGCCCGGGCAGUGAGAGGCCAGCGGGGUUGCGCGCUGCGCAGCUCGGUCCCCCUGGAAGGCUCCCUGUCUCCUGCGUCCCAGUCGGGAGGAAGAGAGGCCUCUCAGCACAUUUCCGAGGCAGUACAUUGCCAGAAUAUUGGCUACUUAUUUGGACAAACAUUUCUCCAAGGGUCGGCCUUAAAUACCGAAAGCAGAUCUUUUACUCUGCUACUUAUGACAUCAUUCAGUACCUGCCAGGCCGCUGUGGCAUUGGAGUUGGUGGCUGGGACAGCUGUGUGCUCUUUGCGUUCCUGGCUUGUUGA